AUCCGCUCCUGGUUUUGCGGCUCCUCCCAGCCUUCACAAGUCUUACCUUCUCCCCGACUCUCAGCACUCCAGCAUUGCUGCGCAAGCAGAUGUUCCCCUCGCUCAGCGCAAUUAUUACCAUUUUUUUUUCUCCUCCUCCGCAUCUCGGCCGACGAGAAAAAAAAGUGCCUCCCUCGGCUCGCCGGAGGUGGAGUUCGGCUGUUAUGUUUAAUUCUUGUAAGGAAUAACAGCAUCGUUGUUUUGUUUUUUUUUGUUUUUAAACGUAGUGGGGGGGAAAACACAACUCGGAUUUCCGAGGGUGCGGGAAGGCACCACCACCGGCUGUACCACACCUGUGAGUCGUUGUUGUGAACGAGCCGCACGCGGCAGGAUGGAUGCGGAGCGGCGUGGGGACAUGUGCUGAAGGAGCUCACUUUGACGUCGUCUUUAAGUGCUUCAUUCUCUUCACGCACGCCGGAACUUCUUCUUUCCCCCUUUAAAACUUGAUUUAAAUCAUUUAGAAAAAAAAAAAGACGAAUAUGCCGCUCAUUGUGGUUCCCUUUGUCCGACGUCGACUCGGCGAGACCCUUCUCGUGUUUUGGCUCAGCUUCAUCGGCGUCACCUGCACCGGUUCUGAGCACGCCGCUACAGCGACGCUUCCUGCCUUCUCCGACCUGUUGCCGCACUUCUUGGUGGAACCCGUGGAUGAGUACAUCGUGAAAAACAAGCCGGUGACGCUGGCCUGCCGCUCCACGCCGGCGACCCAGAUCUACUUCAAGUGCAACGGGGAGUGGGUUCACCAGGAUGACCACUUGAUUGAGCGGACCGUGGACCCGGCUACAGCUUUGCCAGUCAUGCAGGUGACAAUCGAAAUCACCAGACAGCAGGUCGAGAAAGUCUUCGGCCUCGAUGAGUACUGGUGUCAAUGUGUCGCUUGGAGCACCACCGGAACCCAGAAAAGCCAAAAAGCGUACAUCAGGAUUGCUUACCUGAGGAAGAACUUUGAAGAGGAGCCCCAGGCUAAAGAAGUGGCAUUGGAUCAGGAGGUGCUACUGCGAUGCCACCCCCCUGAGGGAGUGCCACCAGCCGAGGUGGAGUGGCAGAGGAACGAAGACGUCAUCGACCCGCAGACCGACCCCAAUUUUUUCAUCACCGCCGACAAUAAUCUCGUCAUCAAGGAGGCGCGGCUGGCCGACACGGGCAACUACACUUGUGUGGCCAAGAAUAUUGUCGCACGCCGCAAAAGCAACUCUGCCACGGUCCUAAUCUACGUCAACGGCGGCUGGUCCAUGUGGACCACCUGGUCGUCCUGCAGCGCCGUGUGCGGGCGAGGCUGGCAGAAGAGGAGUCGGAGCUGCACCAACCCCACGCCAUUGAACGGAGGCACGUCCUGCGAGGGGCAAAACGUCCAGAAAAGUGCCUGCGUGGCCACCUGUCCAGUGGAUGGAGGUUGGAGCGAAUGGAGCAAGUGGUCACCGUGCGGCGCCGACUGUUCGAUGUGGAGGAGCAGGGAGUGCACCCAGCCGUCACCUGGCACCGGGGGCAAAGACUGCCAGGGCCUCGACCUUCAGUCUCUUAACUGCACCAGCGAGCAGUGCCCUCAGACCGUGAGCGGAGCGGAGGAUGUGGCGCUCUACGUGGGCAUGGUGGCGGUGGCUCUGUGCCUGACCUUACUGCUCAUCACCGUGGUCCUGGUCUACCGGCGCAAGAAGGCAGGACUGGAUGCCGACGUGGCCGACUCCUCCAUUCUCACUACUGGCUUCCAGCCCAUGGGCAUCAAGCCCAGCAAGCCAGAGAAUUCUCAUUUGCUUACCAUCCAGCCCGAUCUAACGACCACCACCACCAGUUAUCAAGGCACUCUGCGCUCCCGCCAUGACACAACUGGCAAGUUUUCAAUGACCAACGGGCCUCUGCUGGACCCGCUUCCGAAGGGGUCGCACACUCUGCACAACGGGAAGCUCAGUUCGAACCCCACAGAGUUUGUGAGCCGGCUAUCCACUCAGAGCUACUUUAAAACACUGCCUCGUGAUGUGGCCAACACUUCCUACGGCACCUUUAACUUCCUGGGGGGCAGGCUGACCGUCCCAAACACAGGAAUUAGUCUGCUCAUUCCUCCAGAAGCCAUCCCCCGAGGCAAGAUCUAUGAGAUUUAUCUCACCGUGCAGAAAAAGGAGGAUUUAAGGUUGCCCUUGGCCGGCUGCCAGACCCUGCUCAGCCCCGUCGUGAGUUGUGGGCCUCAAGGGGUGGUCCUGAGUCGUCCCGUUAUCCUGAGCAUGGACCACUGCUCCGACGCAUGCCUCGAUAACUGGGCCGUCCGCCUGAAGAAGCAGAACUAUGAAGGAGCUUGGGAGGACGUCUUGCUGAUGGGGGAGGAGCUGGCGUCAGAUCCUUAUUACUGCCAGCUGGAGGCUGAGACGUGUCAGCUGUUUUCCGAGCAGCUGGGCACCUUUGCCCUGGUGGGAGAGUCGCUGCACAUGGGCGCUGCCAAGCGUCUGAGACUGGUGCUCUUCUCCGACGCCUACUGCUCCACGCUGGAGUACAACAUCAGGGUCUACUGCAUGGACGACACACAGGACGUCUUCAAGGAGGUGAUGCAGAUGGAGAGGCAGCUCGGGGGUCGGCUGAUUGACGAGCCCCACGUGCUGCUCUUCAAAGACAGCUACCACAACCUGCGUCUGUCCAUCCACGACAUGCCCCAAGCCCACUGGAGGAGCAAGCUGCUCGCCGGCUACCAGGAGAUCCCGUUCUACCACAUCUGGAACGGUUCCCAGCGGUACUUGCACUGCACGUUCACUCUGGAGCGCCUCAGCCUCAGCACCUGUGAGCUCACCUGCCAGCUGUGCGUGUGGCAGGUGGAGGGCGAAGGACAGAGCUUCACCCUCGACUUCAACAUCGCCAAGGACACCCGAGCAGUGGACUCUGAGUUCCUGUUAAUGGACAGUAAUGCCACCGCUCUAGCAGGGCCCAGCGCCUUCCAGAUCCCGUACCUCAUAAGGCAGAAGAUCUGCAGCAGCCUGGACGCCCCGUGUCCCAACGGAGCUGACUGGAGAAUGCUAGCACAAAGGCUCAAGUUGGAGAGACACAUGAGUUUCUUCGCCUCGAAAGCCAGCCCCACCUCAGCCAUCCUGGACCUGUGGGAGGCGCUGCAUUUCCACAGCGGCAACAUCAACCAGCUGGCGGCCGUCAUGGCCGACAUCGGCAAACAGGAGGCCAUGAUCUUCCUGGUGUCGGACGGCGAGUGCUAACAGGCCAAGCGGGAGCAGGGAGAAGAGGGAAGAGGGAAUGGACCGCGAUAGAAAGUAACACAAUCAUUUCCAUGCAAGUCGGUUGAACAUUUCCACCUGCGUACUAAUGUCACGCCUUAUGUAGCACUUAGGGAAGGAGCUUGGAGUCAUCCUCAAUCAGCAAGCAGUCCUUUAAUUCAAUUGAAAGAUGAAAAAAGGGUUCAUAAGGACACACCCCUCUCCACUCAAUGUCAGGUCUGCGUGCUUUAGAACCUGAAUGUAACCUCACAGUUCCUAAAUCCACCUUUGAUCUUCUGCCGUCUCCUACUUUCACUUUCAUUGUGCGGGACGCACUCGUCCAUGAAGGGAGGAUCCGCAGGUCCAAUCCCCAGUUCAGCCAUGGUUUGUUACGUCGUCUUCUCCUCAGGGUAGCAUGUGACGUCUCUAAAGUUGUCCGGAGAGCCCUCCUCGUUAAAGACGCACUCGGUCAGACAGCUGGCCGACGCUCCCCCAACGGAUACACCACAGCUUCUUUUAUGAUUGUCCCGAUUUUUGGAAUGUACUUUUAUGUUUCCAUGUGCUCCGCACAGAGGAUGAUUCCUUUUUAACGCGGCAUCUUAACUCUCUUUUAGGGCCACCCUCAAAGCGGAGUCCCAUUAUUGGGGGUCAAAGUCACAAAUCUAUGGGAAUAAAAUUGUAACAUAUUGUAAUAAUAUUGUAUGUAAUGCCACACUUUUUUAAUAUAUGAUGACUUUUGGCUUACAGUAGUUUUUAAACUUGUUUUUUUUUAUUGUGAAUCCAUUAUCUCCACCUCAAAAAAAAUAUGUUACAUUCCCCCCGAAAAAAAAAAUAUACAGUGGGGCAAAAAAGUAUUUAGUCAGCCACCGAUUGUGCAAGUUCUCCCACUUAAAAUGAUGACAGAGGUCUGUAAUUUCCAUCAUAGGUACACUUCAACUGUGAGAGACAGAAUGUGAAAAAAAUAAAAUCCAGGAAAUCCCAUUUUAAAGAAUUUAUUUGUAAAUUAUGGUGGAAAAUAAGUAUUUGGUCAACCAUUCAAAGCUCUCACUGAUGGAAGGAGGUUUUGGCUCAAGAUUUCACGGAUCAAUCGUCCUGUCCCCUUAGCAGAAAAACAGCCCCAAAGCAUGAUGUUUCCACCCCCAUGCUUCACAGUAGGUAUGGUGUUCUUGGGAUGCAACUCAGUAUUCUUCUUCCUCCAAACACGACAAGUUGAGUUUAUACCAAAAUGGAUACAUGGAUGAUACAGCAGAGGAUUGGGAGAAUGUCAUGUGGUCAGAUGAAACCAAAAUAGAACUUUUUGGUAUAAACUCAACUCGUCGUGUUUGGAGGAAGAAGAAUACUGAGUUGCAUCCCAAGAACACCAUACCUACUGUGAAGCAUGGGGGUGGAAACAUCAUGCUUUGGGGCUGUUUUUCUGCUAAGGGGACAGGACGAUUAAUCCGUGUUAAGGAAAGAAUGAAUGGGGCCAUGUAUCGUGAGAUUUUGAGCCAAAACCUCCUUCCAUCAGUGAGAGUUUUGAAUGGUUGACCAAAUACUUAUUUUCCACCAUAAUUUACGAAUAAAUUAUUUAAAAUUUCUACAAUGUGAACUCCUGGAUUUUUUUUCCCACAUUCUGUCUCUCACAGAAUGAUGAAAAUUACAGACCUCUGUCAUAAUUUUAAGUGGCUGACUAAAUACUUUUUUGCCCCGCUGUGUAUUUUAAAAUUUUUAUGCUUUUGGUCUUUUUUUUUAUUCGCAACACAUUUAUUCGCUAUACCUGGCGUCACAACUUUUACUAUUCGUAAAAUGACACUUUUUUCCCCCCGAAAAAUUAUGACAUUAUGUUGCAAUUUUAUUCUCUUUUACUGUUUUUUUUAACUCAUACAAAAAUAAUUUUUCAAAUAUAGGCUUUAAGAUUUUUACUUUAUUCUCACAAACUAUUCUCUAAUUUGACGUAUUUGUCUUGAAAUCCCUUUUACAUUACAGUUUACAUUCAAUACACUAUUCUUGUAUUUUAUUUUAUUUUUUUAUGGUCUUUCUUGGUGCAAAAUAUUGACUUUUUUUUUUUUUUUUUGGACCAUAAAGUUAUUCUUAAAAAAAAAAAAAUGUGUGGGAAUAUUGACUUAGUUGUCAUAAUAAGUUGUCUUUUUAUAGUCGCCCUAAUAUAUAAAGAUACACAAACAUAAGACUGAAGCGGGCCUAUCAAUGCACCAAGUAAAUGUUGCAAAGGAUCACACACACACACACACACACACACACACACACACCGAGCAUACACUUAAAUGUGUGUGUGAGCCUAAUUAGUAACCAAAGUUUGAUUCCCUGCUUUUCAUUCCAAUAUUGUUUCUUUCCAUCGCAGACUGUUCGUUCGAGCCGUAACGUCGUGAGAGUGUAUAUGUAUGAUCAUUUUGUAAAGAAAAUGUAAAUUAUAUUUUAAUAUGAAGCCAAAUAUGAAUAGGAGAGGGUUAAAAAAAAAAAAAGACACUUUUAAGUUGCGCGGCAUUUGUCAAGUCUAAACCGUGACGUGUUUGCCUAUUUAACUGUUGUUUGGCGAUCUAGCAGUGAAGACUUUCUGCAGUGUUAAGGAAAAACUAGACAGUUUAUUACAGGAAACUUUGGCACACCUUUUGUUGUUUGUCGUCACGACGCUUUCACGCUCACUACUUUUCUAUACAAGGUGCAAUUAGUGAGGAAUAAUUGUCGCUGCUGUUAAAUGAGAAAUGGCGGUUGUACUGUGUGUGUGUGUGUGUGUGUGUGUGUGUGUGUGUGUGUGUGUGUGUGUGUGUGUGUGUGUGUGUGUGUGUGUGUUGUAUUUCUACCCUUCUUGAGACAUCAAGGAAAAGUACCGUCCAAAUCAUUGUCCCAAUACGGAAAACCAUUGCGUCUAAUAGAGAAUGUCUCAUUUGCACCCCCUGGUGGUGACAUCUAUCAAUAUUAGGGUGGUCCCAAAAAGGAGGGAUAUUUUAAAUUGACUUGUGUCGGUUUUAAAAGUGCUCCCCCCUCUGGUCAACAUAUGUAAUAACAAGUGUGUGGGUAAGAAAUUGAAAUGCGCCCCCUUUGGCCAAAAUUAAUCAAUAAAAUAAAAUAAAUAUGUAUAUAUAGACCAGGGGUCGGCAACUGAAAAUGUUGAAAGAGCCAUAUUGGAGCAAAAAUAGAAAAACAAAUCCAUCUCGAGCCGCAAAAAAUUAAAAGCCAUAUUACAUACAGAUAGUGUGUCAUGAGAUAUAAGCUUAAUUAUGAGGUCUUAAAGGAAACUAAAUGAGCUCAAAUAGAGCUACAAAUGAGGCAUAAUGAUGCAAUAUGUACGUAUAGCUAGCCUCAAUAGCAUGUUAGCAUCGAUUAGCUUGCAGUCAGGCAGUGACCAAAUAUGUCUGAUUAGCACUCCACACAAGUCAAUAACGUCAACAAAACUCACCUUUGUGCAUUCAUGCACAGCGUUAAAAGUUUGGUGGACAAAAUGAGACGGAAAAAGAAGUGGCAUAAAACACGUCUUAGAAAGUCGGAGAAAGUUAUACAUGUAAACAAACUACGGUGAGUUCAAGGACCGCCAAAAUUAGUAGGACAAAACGGCGCUCGCCAAAUACUCGAAUCAAUGAAGCAUGUUUAAUAUAAAGAGUGUGCUUUAUAGCAAUUAGGAUGGUUUGUGUCAUGUUUGUCCUCUGACAGAAACCAUAUUUAAACAAAAAAUAUGUUUGUUUUUUUUCCCCUCAUCUUUUUCCACUUUCAUAUAUUUUGGAAAAAGCUCCAGAGAGCCACUAGGGCGGCGCUAAAGAGCCGCAUGCUGUAAUAAUUAGAAGUAAAUAAUGAAGAUUAAAAACCAAUUGCAAACAGAAAAAUAACUAAAAGCAGUCGUUUUCUCACAAUGUGUCGACUUUUUGCAUGUAUAAAAUUGGGAACAAUUUCUCAUAUUCUUUGUUUCUGUAAUACGACAAUAUUUUCUCGUAAAAUUUUUUUUUUUUUUAAUCAUUACUUUUUAAUGCAAAAUGUAUACAAUUCGGACUUUUAUCACAAUAUUUCCAAUUUUUUUGUUGAUUUUUUUUUUGUGAAAUUAUGACUGUUGUCAUAAUUUUGCCAAGUAAAAUACCAAUUAUUAUUCUAAUAUUGCCAAAAUUUUACAGUUGUCUUAUAAAAUUGUGACUUUUUUUCAAGUAAAAUUGACUGUUCAUUCAAUUUCCGGAAUGUCAAGCUUUUCUUGUAAAUUUGCGACUGUUUUGAGUAAAAUUCCAACUUUUAUCAUACUAUUGCACAAAUUUUCAGUUUUUCUUGUAAAAUUUUGACUUGCAUUGAGUAAAAUUACGACUAUUAUUCUAAUAUUGCCAAAAUUUUACAGUUGUCUUAUAAAAUUGUGACCUUUUUUCAAGUAAAAUUGACUGUUCAUUCAAUUUCCGGAAUGUUAAGCUUUUCUUGUAAAUUUGCGACUGUUAUUGAGUAAAAUUCCAACUUUUAUCAUAUUAUUGCACAAAUUUUCAGUUUUUCUUGUAAAAUUUUGACUUGCAUUGAGUAAAAUUACGACUAUUAUUAUAAUAUUAGAGAAAGGCCUUUUUCCGGAGGUCUGAAGAAGGUGACAUACAAGUGUGUGUGUGUGUGUGUGUGUGUGUGUGUGUGUGUGUGUGUGUGUGUGUGUGUGUGUGUGUGUGUGUGUGUGUGUGUGUGUGUGUGUGUGUGUGUGUAAGUAAGUAAUGUACGUCACCAGCUGCCAAGAUGUUCUCAUUUAAUGUACGCAACAUUUAUUUACAUCACAAUUGUAUAUUUUGUAUCGCUCACUAUUUCCAGUCAAGGGUUGUGUUGAGUCAUUGACAGUUUGUGUACACGUGUGUUUGUGUAUGUGUGUGUGUGCGCGCAUACAUGACCUGUAGCUCUUGUUUUCUCCAAAUCUGACUUGUGUACUUGUGAAUCGUUUCCCUUGUUCCUUGCCUUUCUGCAAGUCAAAAAUGCUGUACUUAAAACAUGCCACUCCGCUUAUGCAAUUGUAUAAUCCCUCUUUUGUUUUUCUUUCUUUCUUUUUUUUUUACCUUUUGUGUUCCUUAUUGUCGGUGUAAAUUGUUGUCAAAAACUUUUUGUGGCGAAGGGGGUGGGGAGGAAGAAAAAAAAGUUCAGCUGAGGGAAGUUUUCUGUACUUUUUUGGACAAUGAUGGAUUUGUGGGUAGAAUUUUGGAAAUUCGUUUCUAAGUGCUUUCAAGUAUUUACUUGGCCUUAUGUAAAUAUAUAUAUCGAUCUAUGACGUUUCAGAAAGGUAUGUAUAGUAAUUCAACCUGAAAUCUCUGUAAAUAAAUUAUAUAUUGUUAA